GAGGCGGGUGGAGUGGAGUGCAUACGCAGUUGCCCGCAGCUACACGUCACUGCAGACGCUCUGCUUCACACGAUGAUCAUCUUCAAACCAUCGUCGGCGAUAUACAUUGUCAGCGUCGCGAUCGGAUCGGUUGCGGAUUGCAGUCACCCUCCCGUCCGGAAAUACUUGUCGGAGUAGGUGCCAAAAUCUUCUUCCAUUGCUUCAGCAUUUCCGUUAUUCAAUCUCUCUCGUGUGCACAACGGAGAAAGGGCAGCGAGACGGAGGCGGCCAAGUAGAAGAGCCAAGAAACUGAUGGCGGGAGCCGAGAGCGCGCGGCCGGCGCCUCCGGUGCUGCCGUGGACGGUGCGGCUCCAGGUGCUCGCGCUCGGGGCCGCCUGCGACCUCUCGCAGCGCCGCGACGGCACCGUGAACCGCUUCCUCUUCUCGCUCGUCGACCGCCAGACCCCGGCGAGGCCGCGCCCGGACGCGCUCGGCGUCCGCUCCGCCGACGUCGUUGUCGACGCCGCCAGGAACCUCUGGGCGCGCGUCUUCUCCCCGUCCGUGGGUAAACCCGAGGCGGCGCCGCUCCCGGUCGUCGUGUACUGUCACGGUGGCGGUUUUGCGCUGCUCUCCGCGUCGUCCGCGCCCCUGGACGCCAUGUGUCGCCGCUUCUGCCGCGAGCUGGGCGCCGUGGUCGUCUCCGUCAACUACCGACGCGCGCCCGAGCACCGUCACCCCGCAGCCUACGAUGACUGCGCGGAUGUGCUCAGCUACCUUGGCACCGCGGGCCUCCCUGCCGACAUCGGCGUCCCGGUCGAUCUCUCCCGCUGCUUCCUCGCCGGGGACAGCGCCGGCGGCAACAUCGCUCACCACGUGGCCCACCGAUGGACCUCCUCGGCCGCUGUUGCUUCUGAUAACCCUGUCCGCCUCGCCGGCAUCAUCCUGCUGCAGCCGUACUUCGGCGGCGAGGAGCGCACGGAAGCAGAGCUGAGGCUGGAGGGCGUGGGGCCGGUGGUGAACAUGCGCCGCUCGGAUUGGUCCUGGAAGGCGUUCCUGCCGGAGGGGGCCGAUCGGAACCACCCGGCGGCGCAUGUGACCGGUGAGGCGUGUCCGGAGCCCGAGUUGCCGGAGGAGUUCCCGCCGGCGAUGGUGGUGGUUGGAGGGCUCGACCCGCUGCAGGACUGGCAGCGGCGGUACGCCGCCAUGCUGCAGCGGAAGGGGAAGGCGGUGCAGCUGGUGGAGUUUCCGGACGCCAUCCAUGGCUUCUACAUGUUCCCUAAGCUCCCCGACGCCGGGAAGCUCGUCAACGACGUUAAGAACUUCAUGGAAACCGCCACGUCCGACCAUUAAUCCGCUGUGUAGUCGACUCAGCUCGUAUGCAGCCUCGCCGGCGAGAGCUCCACAAGCGAGUUUGAGAUGAUCGCGGUGCAUGGAACAAAGCUUUUUUACGGAAUUGCUAAUUGUCAGCCGGAUGAAAAUAAUUCGUUUUCAUCUGUUUUUUCAGCCGCGAGAUCUCUGUCCUGAGAUUCGUGUUGGGUUUUUUCCGUUGGCUCAGUCGACUGCUUUUCCUUAUCGGGCCCGCUAAAUUUUCGAGGAGACCCGUUAUUUUCUCUCCUCCGGUGACACCGCCGGUCUUCCCUGUAGCUGCCUUUGUCCCUUCCCUUCUCAUUUCUAGCACGCAACCUUGAGUAGAGCUCAGAGAGAGGGAGAGACGCGGGUGAUCUGGAGCUCCCCUCCCCGCUCGAUUGAGUAGGUUGGUGGUCAGGCGGCCGGUGCUCUCCCACCCAGCUGCAUCGCCGCAGCUCACGCUCGAGGGUAUUGGAGUGUUGCCUGCUCAUUUUUAUUAGUUCUUUUUUCUAGUUUAUGUAUAAUAUCUCUUGGUAGGCUCCUUAGGGUUUCGUUCAAUGUAAUAUAUAUAUUUAGCUUAGUUGAUGUGAUUUAUUGUAUUUCUUCCGUAUUUGAGUCUUUAUACAUUUUGUAAAUUGCACUUCUAUGGCAGUGUUGUCAGUUGAUCAGUACAUGCCUUCAGUUAUUUGUUUAUUUCUUGCCUGCUCCAUUUUUUGUAUGCAUCUGGUAUUGUGUAUGCACUGAACAGUUAUUGAUUCUUGUCUUUCACAGUAUA